AUGAAGUCAAUUUCAGAAAUUUCAUUUUUUAAUUUUAUAAAUUCAAAUAACAAAAAUGGGGAGUCUUCAUCUUCAUCAUCAUUCUCAAGUACCAUUUCAGUAGAAGAGGUUGUAACAAAGAAAAUAGAUAGCGAAGAAGAAAAACAAGAUAGUAAUAAUAGUAGAGAUUACUUUAAAGAGUUAACUGAAUCAAUAAUUGUAAAUGAAACCACAGAAAUUAUUAAAACUACAACAAAGUUACCAAAUAAACAAAGAAAGAAAAAGAGAAGAACCAACAAUCAUGGCUCAAAAAAUAGAACUAUCCAAGUGGUUGAAAAUAUAGAGUAUAGAAAGGGUUAUUUUGUCAAUUCUAGAGGUUAUAAAUUAGUUUGUCAAGAAUGGAUCCCAAAAAACCCAAAGGGUGUAGUAAUUAUACUACAUGGUUAUGGUGAUCAUGGACAAACAUUAUUAGCAGAUGAUUGUAAAAUGUUUGCAAAAUUAGGUUAUGCAUCAUUUAUUUUCGAUCAACAAGGUCAUGGGUUAAGCGAAGGUUUAACAGCAUAUAUCAGAGAUUUUGAAGAUUUGGUAGAAGAUUCAAUGCUAUUUAUUUCAGAUAUUAAAUUUAGAUUCCCAACUUUAAAAAGAUUCGUAUACUGUUGUUCAAUGGGUGGUGCUGUUGGUCUUUUAGUAUCAUUAAAGAAACCAGAGAUAUUUAAUGGUGGUUUAAUAUUGUUGGCCCCAUUAAUCAAGUUGGAUGAAAAUAUGGUUCCUAACCCAUUGGUAGUAUCUAUAUUAAGAUGGGUAUCGCAAUCUUUCCCAACUCUUCCUAUUGUACCAGGUGAUAAUGUUUUAGAUCGUUCCAUCAAAGAUCCACAAAAAAGAUUGGAGCAUGCCACACAUCCAUUAACUUAUAAAGGUAGAGCACGUUUAGGUACUGGUCUAGCAAUUCUUAAAGUUACUUCUUAUCUUCAAGAUCACCUUAAAGAUGUCAAUGUUCCUUUGUUAAUAUGCCAUGGUUCGUUAGAUAGAGUUUCCUCUCCAAAAGUAAGUGAAGAGCUUUACUCUUUAGCAAAAAGCAAAGAUAAAACAUUAAAAAUAUAUCAAUCUUUCUGGCACGGGUUAACAUGCGAAGAAACAAGUUAUAUAAUAUACGAUGAUAUUACAAAUUGGAUGAAAGAAAGAUUAAAUAAGGAAUCAAACUUUGAAACAAUAAAUGAAACCGCCACUCCUCAAGAAAAUAUAAAUAAUAACGAUAACAAUCCUAUAGGUGCCGCUUCAUUUUAA